AAAAUUGAUAAGCUAAGGGGGUUUCCUAUGCAAAUUAUCCUGGGGGAUUACCCACGGUUGUGUUGUACCGUAGGCUUCUUCUGCUUCUAAGAACAGACUGUAACAGUUUUGGAAGACGUCUAUAAGUAUUAACGACCUCUCUUAAGAUCUUAAAGAUGAGUGAAGAUUUUUGUCCAGGAAAACCAGGAGAUUUAGUGGUAUUCAUAAGAAAGAAGGGUGCAUAUAGACACUAUGCGGUGAAUGUGGGUGACGGCUACAUCAUACAUGCAACUUCCGUGUCAGACGAGCGUGUGGGUAGCUUCGAUGUGUUGGGCUGUUGUUCUACAAGCUCAAACAUAGCAAUGAUAAAGAAAGAAAAGUACAGCCAUUUUAAGCAACAAGGGGAUAAAGUAAGAGUUGAAGACGGUUCUUGGAAUGACAAACCACCGCUUCCCGUCGAGGAAAUCAUCGAGAGAGCUCAGUCGAAAAUCGGCGUGAGAGAUUACAGCGUACUGUUUAACAACUGUGAGCAUUUCGCUCGCUGGUGCCGCUACGGAGAAGAAAGUAGUGACCAAGUUGAUGGUCUUAUUCGGGGCGUAGCGGCGUUUGGUGCUUUUGGUGCGAUAGCUGCUGAUGUGAUAGCGGGUAAGAGGAAGACAAGACACGCAAGCAGUACUAGUCAGUGACCAUACGUUCUGGAGACUUGGUAUUGAAUAUUACCCAAAACGAUGGAAUUCAGAAGAGCUCCUAGUUUUAAAGAUUAUUUUCUUGUCGUUUUUGUUUCUUUUUUUCUAGAGAAAGUAAAUCAUUCCACGAAUAGCAAGAAUUUUUGGAGGAGCUAUUCGGGAUAUUUGACAGCAUAGUGCGAAUUCAUGCGCCUUGAUAAAACUCAUUUAUUGAUAGCGUAACCGCGUCCUAAUGGAAAUGGAGCGUGAAUGAAAAAUUUAAUUUUAAUAGAAACAAUUUAAAGAGUACUUAUAAAGCCGGAAAAAUUAAGCAUGUUCUCGACUUUCACAUCCCCAUAAUGCCUUGCGUUUUUGGGGGGUAACCAAUCAAAAAACUGUCCCAAAUUGAAAGGUUUCUUAAUUCAAUUUAUACUAUACCUGCUUUU